GUCAGUUUUCUUUGUGCCGUGUUCAGUGCAGGUCUGUCAUUCUCUGCGGUCGUGUCGCGUCAGUGUCAGUGGUCGAACGUUCUGUGUGGUGGUUACUAGGAAAUGCUGUAUCUGUACAAGAACCAGUGAGUGACUUGCGACGUUAACUGCGUGAUGAAGACAGACCCUGCCUCCUGCAAGAGACCCGUCUCCUUCAGCUGAUGACUAGGCACAGGCUUCCGAUCCUAUUUUUACCCUUUCCAAAAUUAUUACUUGCAGAAGUUUCGUUCCCUCUCGUGGUAGUCUAGUAGAGUUCCGAUUUUGUUCAGAGUGAGUUUUUCUUUUGUGUUCUACAAAUUUAUUCCAGGAAAUUUGCCAUAGUAAGAGGAAUCCCAAAUCGGUUUUCAAUAUUUAAUUUGUUUUGAUCAGGAGAAAAAGUCUUCAGGAUUUUUCUCAUCCUUUGGGAACAUCUUCACCCCCGUGCUUUUCCAAGACCCUCUUCGAAUUCCUAGAGCCGAACCUUCCUGACCCCGCCGCUGCUCCACUGUCCACUAAUGAGCGAGACGUGCUCGGUCUGAUCCUGAGAUGGCAGUUGUGGGACCCAGUCGUCAUUCAAGGCUGUCUGUGUCCAUGUCCGUGAUGCCGGGUGCAGGGGCGGGAGGCCACCAGGCAAUACUCGCCGCUGCUCAACCUUACUACCAUCCCCAGCAUGGCCAUCAGCCGGCGGCCGCCCCAGCACACACGCAGGAUGUCCAGCCGGACCGCCCCAUCGGAUACGGAGCCUUUGGAGUCGUAUGGGCGGUGACAGACCCCCGUGACGGGCGGAGGGUGGCGCUUAAGAAACUGCCCAACGUCUUCCAGAGCCUCGUGUCUUCAAAGCGGGUCUUUCGGGAAUUGAAGAUGCUGUGCUUCUUCAAACACGAGAACGUCCUGUCCGCUCUUGACAUCCUGCAGCCACCCCACAUCGAUUUCUUCCAGGAAAUUUACGUCAUCACUGAACUGCUGCAGAGUGACCUCCACAAGAUCAUCGUCUCCCCGCAGUACCUUUCGCCAGACCACAUCAAAGUCUUCCUGUACCAGAUACUGAGAGGUUUGAAAUACCUGCACUCAGCAAGGAUCCUGCACAGGGAUAUAAAGCCUGGGAACCUCCUGGUGAACAGCAACUGUGUCCUUAAGAUCUGUGACUUUGGGCUGGCGCGCGUUGAAGAGCCUGAUCAGUGCAAGAACAUGACACAGGAGGUGGUGACCCAGUACUACCGCGCGCCGGAGAUACUGAUGGGAGCACGGCAUUACACGGCUGCAGUCGAUGUGUGGAGCGUGGGCUGCAUCUUUGGCGAGCUGCUUGGUCGGCGGAUACUCUUUCAGGCGCAGAGUCCCGUGCAGCAGCUGGAACUGAUAACGGAACUGCUGGGCACGCCAUCACCCGAGGACAUGAGACACGCGUGCGAGGGCGCACGGUCCCACAUGCUGAGACAACGGGCAAAACCGCAAUCGCUCUCCGCUCUCUACACGCUGUCCACCCAGGCUACCCAUGAGGCUGUUCACCUACUAUGUCAGAUGCUCGUUUUUGACCCGGACAAGAGGAUCAGUGUUGUUGACGCUCUGGCCCACCCGUACCUAGACGAGGGUCGGCUACGCUAUCACUCGUGCAUGUGCAACUGUUGCCGCACCAAUCAGACCACAGCGCUGCGCGAAUACACCGUUGAUUUUGAGCCAGUCACCCCCCACCCCUUCAACGACCUCUGGGAGAAGAAGCUGACGUCUGUCCAACAAGUCAAAGAGGAGAUGCACAAGUUUAUCGGCGAGCAGCUCAACUCCAGUCGUGUUCCUUUGUGCAUCAACCCUCAGUCAGCUGCGUUCAAGAGUUUUGCCAGGUAAGGCUGCGCCGGCGGCCUUCCUCCCCCUCACGCUCAACCGUGGCCCACCCUUCCGAGCUGCCCCCCUCCCCUCACCAGUGGGAGUGACGUUACCUGCAACCUAGAUUGUUGUUCAGACAAUUGAUUGGUUGAAAACGUUGCGACUCUCGAAAAGGAAACAAAACUCUCGGACUUAAUCCAAACGAUUCCAAGUGGAAACAGGUGGCUGGCUGCCUUGUAUAUAUAGGUUAGGUUAGGUUAGGUUCGACGGUUGUGACAGGCCGUCGGUAGGAACAGUGUAUGUGUCUGCCUGCUGUGUGCUUUACGUUUGAUUGAGAUUGUUCUCAACACGAUGGUGGUUCUGAACAACCGAUGAAAUGCGAGGAAGUAUUCUUGUAAACCGAACACUGUAAUGCAGCACUUAAAGACAAAAUUAGCAACACUAUACUUGUUGUAAUCACUGAUAAUAAUUUACAAGUCUGCGUUUGUUUGUAACUUUAUUAUAUUUUAAGUUUAUUCUUAGCUAAACGUGACAUGGCUUCUACAUACUUGUAAAUAUAACUUCCUAAUUUUUUACUACAUUUAGAGUGUUAUAGUUUUAUUAAUAUUUUAGCAUACUAUUUCUUAUUAAUUCCUAGUUUAGUAUACGUUACUGAUUAAAUCGCUGAAUUUUAUUUACAUAAUGUUUGUUGUAAAUAUUUUUUGGAAAUUAAUCAAUCUUAAAUCAUUAAGACUUUUGAAUCAUACAGUGUUGGUAUCGUUUUACUUCGAUUUAAUUUUAUUACUAUAUAACAAUUGUGUAUAAUAACAAACCUUUCAUGUUGUAUUGUAUAUCUUACACUAUUAUUCUUGUGUGACAGAAAUGUUGAUCAAUGUUAGCAAAUUAUUUUAGUUUAUUCUACAAACUGUUUGAUAAUUUUAAUCUUACACUAGAACAAUAUCAAAUGUAAUGGUGGCUGUGUGAGUAACCGUUGUUGUUUUCUGUAAAGUAAAUUCAAAUGGAGAUCCGAACUGUGAUAUUUCAACCUCAAGUCUUGGAUUGCCAGUUCCAAUUAGGUUCACACCGUGAACACACUGUCUGCUGUAUUAUAGUUCCCACUCCCGUCUUCAGUUAUUGACAGCUGUCACAUGACGUUAGGUUAGGUUAGUUUAGGUCCAGGUUAGGUUAGGUCGUGUACAUAGAGGAAGCCAUGGUCACAGUUAGCCGCUCACCCCGUCAGACUGCAGAUCAGAAUAUCGUUUCCCAAAGAUCUCAUAGGCACUAAGGUUGGGCUAGGUUAAGGUUCGGUGGCAGAUCGUGUUUCCUAUGUUCGUGUAUAUGGUAGCAUUUAGGGCAUUACCUUAUCUCCUCUAGGUUUUUAAUUUCUGCUCGUAUUCAUUUAGUUGUGAUCCAGUUUUAUUUGUCAAUAUUCAGACUGAUUCAGAAUCACUGCCAUUUAGCUCUUUAAAUGUAACAUUCCUGACCGACAACGAUGUUCUCACCCGAAUCGUCGUAGCCUAUAAUACUCCUUUCAAAUUAAACAGAAGAACAGUCGAUAAGAUUGUAGGUGUCGUGACUGCCAAAUACUAUUGUGUUUUUAUACCUUAGAAAGUCGAAAAUCUUUAAUUACGUGCAAUAACUCCCAAUACAAAUUUCCUUAUGAAAUGUAUCCCAACAAUUAAAAGCUGCUUUUAUUUACCUAACUUGAAAUUUAUUUCUUUGGUGAGUCUGAGUUGAGCGAAAUAAAGCUGAGAAAAUAUGUUCUGAAUGCAACUGAUCAAAGAAAAUAAUAAAGAACACAUACAAAUUAGAAAUUUGUACAAUAGAUAUAAUAAAUCAAUCUUAGUGUAUAUCGAUAGAGUAUUAGUGUAUGUUGCAAUAUUUGGUGUAUUUUAGUUAACUGUAGUCAGCAGAUAUGAAUGUCUUUCUUAAAAUUUGGUAGUAUUAUAAUAUUGUAAAAGAGUUGGUAUUAUUAUUCCUAAUGUCUACAUGCUGAAAAUUAUUUUAUGUUCUAUUUUGGAACUAGAUCGGAGUUUUCAAUAUUCAUGUUUCGAGUUUAAUUGCAUUUUACUGGUAUAGCUUAGUGGUACAGUUUACGCCCUCCUACAACUUUGAUUUAUGUAUAUUUUUUGUCGGGAUUAUAAAAGUAUUUUAAAUUUACAAUUUAAAUAAUUACUUUAAUGACAGAGAAAUUAUUAGGUUAUUGUUGUACUAAAUUUCAAUUAAUACCGAUUUCUACACAAAAUAUAGGCUCAAUAGAAUAUUUAGAAUGUCUUUUAAAAGAUAUUAAACGUUUUGUGUUUAUUAUUAUUUGUUGAUUACUAAAAAUGUCAUUAUUCCAAAGUUUGGUGAAGUGCGUACAGAGUACAUGUCAUUAUCUAUGUACACUUUACCAGAUUAAGGUUAAAAUACAUAAAGUAGACUAGUUUUCAAAUCUGAGCAAGUGAUAUUUUUUUGUUUUAGAGUGGAAAAUAGUACUAAUAAGUACAUAAUACAUAAUAAUACAUAAUGAAGAAAAAUCAGCAAUUAAUAUAUGAAUAGAGGUUUGUUUUAUUUUGAACAAAGGACCCUUAGUUAUACCGAUGUAACUGAAGCAAAAUUAUAACACAGUUUAAUUUUAUCAGACUCAAAAAUUAUUUGUAAUUUGCCAAUUGUGAUAUUUCAAUUUUGUCAUGAGUGAAACACAUUGGUAUUAAUAUUGAGAAUAGGAAAUUAUACUAAAUUUGUAGCAUCACAUAUAAGUGCAAUUAAGAAAAUAAUUUGUUCCAAUUCAGUUGAUUGUAUAAUUAUUCAAGUAGGGUAGAAAUUUGUAUGUCAACCAUUAAGCAACAAUAAUUUAAAAUUUAACCACUGGUUGCCAGUAUUAAUUAUUCACUACAGUGCUCUAGUAUUCCAGUGAGAUCACUUUAGAGUCACUAGUGAACCACUGGUUGCCAGUAUGAAAUAUUCACUAUAGUGCUCUAGUACUUCAGUGACAUCAUUUUAGAGUCACUAGUGAACCACUGGUUGCCAGUAUUAAUUAUUCACUACAGUGCUCUAGUACUUCAGUGACAUCACUUUAGAGUCACUAGUGAACCACUGGUUGCCAGUAUGAAAUAUUCACUACAGUGCUCUAGUACUUCAGUGACAUCACUUUAGAGUCACUAGUGAACCACUGGUUGCCAGUAUGAAAUAUUCACUACAGUGCUCUAGUACUUCAGUGACAUCACUUUAGAGUCACUAGUGGACCACUGGUUGCCAGUAUGAAAUAUUCACUACAGUGCUCUAGUACUUCAGUGACAUCACUUUAGAGUCACUAGUGGACCACUGGUUGCCAGUAUGAAAGAUUCACUACAGUGCUCAAGUACUUCAGUGACAUCACUUUAGAGUCACUAGUGAACCACUGGUUGCCAGUAUGAAAUAUUCACUAUAGUGCUCUAGUACUUCAGUGACAUCACUUUAGAGUCACUAAGUGAACCACUGGUUGCCAGUAUGAAAUAUUCACUAUAGUGCUCUAGUACUUCGGUGACAUCACAUCAGAGUCACUAGUGAAUCACUGGUUGCCAGUAUGAAAUAUUCACUAUAGUGCUCUAGUACUUCAGUGACAUCACUGUAGAGUCACUAGUGAACCAUUGGUUGCCAGUAUGAAAUAUUCACUAUUUAUAGUGCUCUAGUACUUCAGUGAGAUCACUUUAGAGUCACUAGUGAACCACUGGUUGCCAGUGUGAAAUAUUCACUGCAGUGCUGACAUCAUGAGAUAUCGUUUGUAAGGCUGGAAGUCAUGAUUUUUACAAUAUAUGAGAUUUUCAACUCUCAUAAUAGGAGAUUGGGUUGGGUAAGUUAAAAUUUGUAAACUCUCUUCUUACUUUAAAGGCCCUUAAGAGAUGAACAAUACCGUGUGCCAGAGGUCUGUACCUCAAUCUAAUACAAAGUGACAGGCUGUCAACAUAUACAAUUUUUAAAAUAAAUUGAUUUUUUUAACCACCAUCUGUGUUAUUAAAUAACCCAACAAAUUAAUUUAAUUCAUGUAAAAUUUGUUAUAUAGAUUAGUAACACAAGUAGUUUGUUUAUAAAAGUAUUGAUUUUUAGUGUAAUUUUCAAAUUUAAACCUUGAAAGGCCACCAUUUUGUACUAGAUUGAGUUAUAGACCUCUGGUUUGUGGCGUGGUCAUUUUUUUCGAAGGGCCUUUAAAAUGAGAUAGAGGAGAUUUACAUUCAAAAAUUUUAAUGUAUCACUCCCAAUCUUCCAUUAGGGUUGGUAAUUGAAGUUCCCCUAUACCCUAAAAGCCAUUGUUUCUAGUCUUAUAAUGAUUAUCCUCCUUGGAUGUUGGUUGACAUAUUUCUGUUGAAAGUUACAAUAAGGGACCCUUUAGAGACCCUUUUAUACUAGGUAAAUUAUCAGGAUUGUAUGUCUGAAACAUUUCAUUCUAAGUUCACCAGUAGGCCUACUUUAUUGGAUAUUCUUUCAUUUCCCAUAAAACAAGUGAUUUUAACUUGUGUCACAGAUUAAAGUUUUCUUAAAGGGUAUUUCGAUAAAAGAAUUCAACACUUCUAGUUUAUCAUAAUAAUAUUUUAAUAGAUAAUUUCCAACUUCAUUUACUAACUUAGCCAGAGCAAGUACAUAUUAAUUAAUUAGAUGUGUAGAAAGGAAUGUGCUUUCGUGUUCAAAAACUGUUCAGCUGUUUAUUCUGUCAAUAUUAAGUGGUAAAUGUUGUUUAACGAUGUUGUAAGUAGGGCACAAUGACUUAUGAAGUGCCUGUUAGAGGUUUUUGAAGCUAAAGGCACUCGAUUUCUCGCUUUGUACCGUUAACAAUCCCUACUUUUGCUCUUUACCUUAGCGAGUAGUCGGUGUGUUUGUUCUCAAAUGGGAGACUUUAGAUGAAAACGUAUCGAGUACGGUACGAGGUCGCCGACCUCAUUAACGGCGUUAUGACUAUAAGCUUUAAUCCCACAAACGAUUCAUGCAAACUGUACAAAACGUAGAUGUGCGUGUCUCAACUUGUCUAUCGAUACUGAAGUUCUGCGACUUUUAGUGUUUCGUCCGUAGAUUCCUUUGCUCACGAAAAGCCAACCACAAAACCUCAUUGUACAUAUAGUUAAGGUGUAAAUAGACGACAAAGGGGGCAUAUUUUUGUUAGAAGUUACAAGGAUAAAAUGUCUUUGGAGUGUCAGUGUAAAUCAAUACUUUAUUUUAGUUGUAGAAAAGAGCUGCCCUGAUUUGACUAGGUUAAGUUAGUUUGUACGCUAUUUGUUCUUGUGUCAGUUUUAGUCUGUGUCUUGACCGUGUAGUCAGUGCGUUAAACACGGCAGAGAAACACGAUGCUACCGUUCGACACGGAGAAUGGCUCAAUACUAAGUCUCCACCGCCCGUGGUUAACACACUGGCUCACGAGCGGUUUAAAAAUUCAUGUAAUAUUUUGGUAUGUACGAUGGCAAGUAGUUUAUGAAAUUUUAUAACUUUGUAGACUCGUUUGUAAAUGCAUGAUUCUGUUCUUCCAAAAUUGGAUCAAGGUGGUCAGCAACGUUCUAUGCAUUUACAGUAAUAAUAGCACUGAUAUGUAAAUAAUCUUUUGUACAUAGUGACACCACUACACUUUUAUAGAAUGACCGCCUAAACCAUUUUUUAUUACGAAUACCAGUAGCUGUUAGACUAGAGAUGGGUAUCUGUCGAUGUGUACGAUGUCGGUGUGCUUAGCGUCAUAGACCAACAAUAUGUAAACAAAUUCUAUAAUUGUUCACCACCCGUUUUGAGUGUUUUACCUCAAAAGUAAAUUUCAAAUUUAUUCAUUAUCGUCCACCACGUUUUAAAAUAAUGCAAGCACAAUAACACAACUCUAAAUGUUGAAGAGUCUCCAUAGUUUGUUAGCUGUCUGUGGCAACGCUCACACCUGGAGAAAGAAAAUAUCAAUAAAUUCUUGAUUUUAUUA